UUUACCAGCAAUAAAAGUUCUGACAAAGAACUGGCGUAGUAGCAGUUUGGUUUGAAUCCAUUGGAAAACAGUCAAGUAGAGAAAGGCAUACAACCUCUUUGAUUUGAAAAAUCGAUGUGUUACGAAGUAUGGCGGCUAGUGAAUACAGUUAAAGAGAUUAGCGGACGACUCCAUGCUUUCGUCAAACUGGCUCAAUUAGAGAGCAGUGAAGUUAGUCUCUAAAAAGUGGCAAACUGGUGACCGGAGUACAGUCUAUAUAAUAACCUGCUCAAAGUUCUGCUUGAGGUGAUCUUGUGCAUUCGUGUCCUAACCUUGUGGAGAUUAUCAAAGUACUUCUGGCCCUCGCGCUCUUAGCAGACAAUAAAAAUGCUCGUACAUGGACAUCUAUCGUCGUGUUACUUCCUAACAGCUAUCGUUGUCGCGUUUAUAGUAAUCGCCUUGACGGACGGCGCCGUCACCACCAAAAAGACCGAGAUCAAACCGACACCGGCAGAUACGGCCGCCUUUGAGUUUGCCUAUGAGACCAAGGACGAGGAAGGAAAUCUGCAAAUGCAUCGUGAGCAUCAGGACGUCCUUGGACGGAGAGUCGGUACCUAUGGAUAUCGGCACAUUAACGGCAUUUACAGGUUUGUCGACUAUGUAGCUGAUCGCCUGGGUUAUCGGGCAACGAUCCGAACUAAUGAGCCCGGUACCGGCUUGACUUUAGGAGCCGACGUGGCUGUAAAGACGGGACCGAGUCCUACGGUGAAGAAGCCUAGAACCGGCCAAACGACUGAGAUUCCUCCUAAGACUGUUCGCCGGUACGCUUCCAAAGCCGUCGUCACGCCCAAAGAUAACAGCAUCGCUGCACAGGCGUUAUCCAAGCGUCCACAUGUCCCAUUACCGGCAAUUGUUGUACCGUCACCCAUAACGGAUUCCCGCCUAGUCGCUAUUUUGCCGCCUUCGUCGCGUGGUUCAACCAUUCAAUCCGAACCGGACGAAGUUCCUCGAGUUCCUGAAGAACCUAUUCUUGAUGCCGUUCACGCUGCAGACGUCGUACAACCCCCCCGACGACAAUCAUCCCGGGUCAGUCAUCCGGCAUUGCUAUUCCCCGCGCCGCCGCUUAUUCGACCUCCCAGAUACCGAACUCGGGCUGCAAAACCUCUUCAACAAGGCCUUAUUGAAGCGGCGUUUAGGAAACGACGUAGUUGAGAGUAAUGAGGCAGAAGCAAGCAAACGAUUGGGGAAUUGCUCUGCAAACAAAGCAACGCAACGAAAAAGUGAUGCCAUCACAGAAUGCCAAAGUAGAAAUGACAACAGAACUGUCAGGUGCCAAACUUCGUAGACGGUUGCCAUCAAAAAGCUAUUUGUGAAGGCCAUACGAUUAAGCGGUAGUGAUUGAAAUACCCAUCACGCUCCAUGUGGCUUUGCACCUAUGCACAUCCUGCGGUUGUUUAUUGGAAAAUUUAGAAUACGUCAAGUAAAUCAAAAAAAGUGCCUCGAUUCUGACGAUACGAUAUGAUAUCCUAUAUCUGAUAUGCUAUACCUAGCUAAUAUCUAUUCGAGUUUAAAUAUUAUACAUCAACCGUAAUCGGGCUUUUUGCUAGAGUACGAUGCACUGGAUGCAACAACUGAACAACUAGCUAUAGAGAUAAGUGUAUAAUAAUUUAUUUGGUUCGUAACCCAGCCAAUUGAUUAGGACCCGUAGUCGUUCAUUAUUAAGGACACAGUGAGCGGACACAGUAUGUGGAUAUAUAUAUGUAUGUAUAUUCUACGUAUGCCAUGACGACUACCUGUUUUACGCGAACGUUUUAGUGGUACACUAGUGUUUUGCAUGGCUUCAUUCACAUAACAAUCCAUAACGCUAGACCGUCACCUAUAAGGCCGAACGUAAUUUUGCUGGCCGGCAUUUUCCUACUGCUUCGAAAUACAAUGUACCGCAUUACGAUUGAUUCUAUAUAUAUAUAUAUAUAUAUAUAAUAAGGAAUAGCUGAAACGGGUGGAGAAAAACUCUCGUACGUAAUUAUUGUUCAAUUACGGUGGGAGAUAUUUUCGAUUUGAGACGGAUAUAUGCACUGCUAAACAUUAUGUAAUUAUAUUCGCCCAGGUCACUACAAUGGCGUAAUCUUAGUAAUGUUAGUAGAGCGCUGAACUUCGGUGAAGAUAAAAAGGCCAUUGACGCAUGCAAGCCACCCUCGCGCUAGUUAUCAAGUUAAAAUAAAUAAAGCCAGGUUAGUUAAAAUCGAUCGAAGUUGCAGUUCUUGACUUGGGUCUACCAAACAUAUGGCUGAUUACAGUACGCGUCUUGAGCCGAACAACGGCUUCAAAAAAGCGCAUGAAAUAACGCUCUUCUACCACGGUCUUGUAGUAGGCAUCGUAGUUCACGCACAAUCGACUACUUGGAAACUUGUCUCCUGCAAGAACACUCGCCCGACAGGGAACUUCCUCCAAAGUGGCACUUUUCCGCUGUUCGACCCUAAACAGCCGUAAAUGUGACUAUGAGAGUUGAAGACCACGUUGAGGGAAAAUGAUCAGAGUCGAUGAAAUAAUACGCCUGAUGAUAACUUCUCAUCUACUCUUGAUAGAGUCCCUACAUGGCCUAUGUAAAAAAAAAUUAGAUUUAACUUGAAGCAAGCUGUACCGUUAUUCUGAGAUAAAUUGGCAUAUUUCACUAAGAGCUUGCUAUGUUGGCAGCAUAGCACUUCUCUUCUAGAUUCUUUUGACAAUGUAAUCUAUGGUAGUUUAUUGCUCUGUUCACAGACACCUUGAAUAGAUGAAAGGUAAUUCCAACAUGUUGUUCCAUAGCCACC